AUGUUUUUGAGAAGCGAGAGAUGGCGGGUGAGUGACAUUAACUGUAACAUACAUUUCUCACUGAAAGCGCAAUUUAAUGUUAAUAAGAUGAGAAACAUCGGUGUUGCAGUAAAAAAUUCUGCGGCAACAGAGGCAAACGCGACCAUUGUUAGUUAUAAUUACUUACAUAAAGUAAUUAAACUAUCCAAUUAUUCCAAAGUUUUAUUUGCAAUGAAAUUUCGUUUAUGGUAUGUGACACACUGCAACUGACUAAAACAUUUUUGGUUUCUUGAAUUAUAUUCUAUGGCACGCUCGCGUCAUGUGCUGUUACAAUUUUUUAAGGGUUAGUUGAGUCCCAAACAAUUCCAUAAAGAAAUCAUUGUAAUUCACAACUGGAACACUCCAUAGUAAACCCGUAGUUGAGAUCUAAUUAAACCUUCCUUUGAAUUUGUUGAUUUGAGAAUAGAACUUGAUGGCUGCUGAUUACCGAAAACAGAUCAUAACGAAAGUAAUAGUUUGUGUAUCGGUUACAAUAUAAACGAAAUCACUUGAAUUUUUGUUUGUUGUGAGGACCGGAAAAGCGCAUCCAACAUGAAAAUUGCAAAAAGUGAUGCGGCAUAUCAUAUGGCAUGAUUGACUUAUUAAUUUAAACGACUGAAGAAAGUUAUAUAUCUGCAAGACAAUCUGCAAAUUAUAAUUCUUUUUCCGAGAAGCUAUCACGCGAUCUCAUCGUCAUAGCUCCUUAAGCCUAUUCUUUUAUCGGUUUUUAUCAAAGUAGUUUAUCCGACAGAAAAGUCUUGCAACUUGAGGUUCUGGUUAUCUUUCAAAUAGCCGGCUGUUCCAGGCGUAAAGAUCGUGGGGACGGUGCAAACAGUGUGCAAAGAGAUGUGAGCAGAAAAAAACAAGGGGGCCUGGAACAGGCUAUCUUUCAAAGAACUUCCGUCUUAUCCUGAUCGAAUAGCCGAAUAUAGCGGGUCCGAUAGCUGGUCAAAAUACCUUUGGCGCCUUAUUAAAGGAAUUGUAAUUUUCAGCUUCUGUCAGACACUAUUUUCCGGUUGUCGUUACAGUAACUUUUUAUAAGCGUAAAGACCGUAAAAGAAGAAAAAAACAGAAAAGUAAUUUUAAUCAAACAUGAGAUUUAUUUCAGAGAACAGCGAAAUUUUCCACUAAUUUUGGAGGUCUUUCACGAUCGAUAACUGAAACUGGAUGAAACUGAAAGUGAACUAAGUUACAUGAGAAUUUCCUUCUUUGCAAACUUACGUAAAAAACCUUUUUUAGGCUAGACAGUAUUUAAUUACAGAAACGAUAUAAAAACAGGAAGAAUUUUAAUCAAACAUGGGUGUUUUCAAGACACUGACCAGUUCUCGAACGCAAUUUCAAUGAAAGUUUCCUGAAAGUGACUUUUUUAUAAACUUGAUCGAAAAAAACCUGAAUAUUCGUUUUUUAGCCAACGUAAAUCCCUUCCGAUUUACUUUAAAAUGCUAAGACUAUUAGAUAUAGAAAACGCAAAAGUAAUAUCCAGAAUUCAAUUAAAUCGUUUUGUUGAAUAUUCAUCAGAAAUCCCGUCGCAUGAUACCAAAUGUAAGCUGUUUCGUGCAGAGCGUAUUCAGCCUGAUGACGUCAUCACCAUUUGAAGUUGUCCAGUGUGAAGCAGCGGCCUUAUUGGUUGAACUGACAUCAUCUCCGCAAGUGUUAGAGGUAAUAAUAGACUAUCAGCAUAUCUUAUUUUUCGUUUUUCAGUGAUAGUUUUAUCUUCUUUCCCGCUCCGGCGGUUACGGUCUUUCGAAAUGGCCAGAAAAGGUAAACACUGCUGCCCCUUAAGAUCUGCGGAAGUCAGUUUCUUUUUGUCCCGCGAUUCGAGGGCUGAUAUCUUAUAACCCCUUUACACGGCUCCGGACAAAUUCUGUCACAGAGUACGGUACUGUUUGCUGUUCAAAAACUUGCACGGUUCUGCGGGUGCCAUGUAAACUGAAAGACGGGUCCGUACGCGAUCCGUGCAAGUUUUUGUCCGUUCAAAAAUUCGUCCGAACCCGUGUCAAAGGGGUCUUAUAGAGAUCGGACGUAAAAAAAAUUAAAGGGUCUUCCAAUGUGAUAGUGGAAAAGUGUUACAACCGUAAAAAAUGAGCCGAAAUGGCUUUAUGUUUCAUGAGGGAAAAUCUGGUUUGGAAGAAACAGUGUAUCAAAGUGUACCAACACUUCAGUUACUUGAGCUCAGGGGCUUUUACUUCCGCUACAAACGAAAAACCGUCAUUUCUCCGCCAAUAUUUACUCUUUUCCGUUUAUUCUUCUUUCUCAUGAAGAUUACACUAAAACCUUUACUAUGAGCCAUCAAAUUGAAACUUUAACAAAAUUUUUUAUCUGAAGGUAUGAAAGGCUUUCAACAUUCGUUCAACUUUUUCUUUAAUUUGUGCAAUAUGUCCACAAAUUUUAGCAAGCUUUAAAUACGUUAAACAAUGGCGCGAUCUUUCCAAACGGUCUAAAACGUUGAUACAAUGAAUGUUUAACCCGGAGGACGGCUGGGGUCAGAUUAGUUCUCUAUGGAACAGUACAAAUUUUCCUUCCUUGACCCGUCUAGCUUUCAGUUAAAGCUAUUAAGUUGUUAAGCACCAACUAUAGCAAAGAUACAUCUUUCCAUCCAUACCUCAUUUUGGAAAUUCUGACCAAUCCUGACAGAGUUACAUACAAAAAAACAAGUAACAUUUUGGGGAAAAAAUCCACUGCCAGUUUUGCCAUUUUCUUAUUACUCUUUGUAGAUUAAAUUUGUCCCUUUCCUAAAAAGUUAGCCACUGGCUGGCACUAGUGGCAGCCACUAUUCCAUGAAAAAGAAGACGAUAAAGCGGGGAACAAAACUGAAUAUUAAAAAGAAAGGCAAAGGAAGAAAAGAGAGCGAGAAAGAAAAAUCGAAAUAGAUUCGCGUGAGCGAAAAACUAAAACGUUGCUUAAUUCCAUCCGAUUAGUCGGAAAAUAUGCCCUUAUUGUAGAGUUUUGUCAUUCCCAUGUGAAUUACCCGCAAACCAGUCCAAAAAAGAGAAAUUGGGUUUUUUUUCCGCUACUCGCUGGCCCUCUUUAAAGGCUUAAAUCCAUUUAUUUCUUAUAGAUUUUUAUUUUACAUUUCUCGUUUCAGGAAGUGGAAAAGUGUUACACCAGGAUAAUAUCCCGAAAGAGCAUUGAUGAAACUUUGAAGACAACUAUUGUUGAAAGACUAAAAAACGUGCGAGAGAAAAGAAAGUCACUUCCAUUGAAGAAAUCGUCAAAAGUAAAUAAAAAAGUACAACUAUAAAAGUAUCCUUCCGAGAAGGAACACUAUAAAAAGCCACGUCUUGCUGGUGGCCUUUCCCUCUCUAAAGAUCGAAUGCUUUCAUGAGAUGUCAUUCAAAGUUUUCACGGAAGAGAUAAAACUGUACGCGUGUAACCGGACUGACAUGAAAGCUGCAGAAGAGUUUAUCAGUCCGACUAAAAACGGUCGAGGGCUGGAUAAAUUAGAAAAAAAAUGUUGCCAAAACAUUGAUCCAGGACUGAAUAUAGACCAUAUGUAUAAGAUAGACAAUUUGGAUGAAUUUUCGAUUUGAUCAAAAGCCUAGAUAAAAAAUGUAUGUCGAAGGAGGAUGAAAAACGGGUAAAUAGGAAAAAGCGAGAAGCUAGCAAGUCUUCCCCAUGUCCCCUUUAACACAGUUUUUUUGGGCUCAUUUCCACCCGUCCCCCUUUAUACCUACUAAGUAGACUAUUAAUUAAAUAUCUCUUUUGCGUUCCGCAGGAGGCAAAAUUGGCGUUGAAAAAAAUGUGUUUUUCAUAUGAUUAAUGGGAAACAGUGAUUUGAAUCCCCCAUAAUGUCUCCUAUGGUCUACCCAUGCCCCUACAAAUCCCACGAAUCAGUGGACCACACCUCCCGUGUUUGUGGCAUUUUAUAUCGAUUUCCUUUUGAAAAAAAAAAANUUUAUUUCUUAUAGAUUUUUAUUUUACAUUUCUCGUUUCAGGAAGUGGAAAAGUGUUACACCAGGAUAAUAUCCCGAAAGAGCAUUGAUGAAACUUUGAAGACAACUAUUGUUGAAAGACUAAAAAACGUGCGAGAGAAAAGAAAGUCACUUCCAUUGAAGAAAUCGUCAAAAGUAAAUAAAAAAGUACAACUAUAA